UCAGCUGCCCCGGAAGGGGAAGGCGAGGAGGAGCCGGGCUGCGUGGUGUGUCAGCGAGGGGCGGCUCGGCCCUGCUGGCGGACGAAGCGAUAGCGACAGCCGGGAAAGAGAAGGAAGGAAGGGAGCGAGCGAGCGAGCGAGCGAAGGAGGGGGGCGGGGGCGAGGGAGGAGUGUGAGGCCAGAGUUGGUGGGAGGGGAGAAGGAGGCUGAGGCGAAGGCGACGACGAAGGCGAGGACCGCGAGGGCGCCUGCCGGGUUUUGGGGUCGGGAGGGUCAAAGCCUGGUGGUGGAGGGGAGGGGCGGGAGCGAAAGCAAACAGGCUGGAGGAAGAAGAUGCUCCUCUUCGUGGAGCAGGUAACAUCGAAAGGUGUCAGCUUAAAUCCUAAUGCAAAAGUAUGGCAGGAAAGCAUGCAGGGAAACUCGGAAGCGGCACCAGCAACUAAUGGGACUGAGCAAAUAUGGCAAGAGACAGCAACUGUGUCAGAAAAUUGUACAGAGGGUAAUGCUGACAUUGUGGAUGAUGGUGCUAAGCAGUAUGAAGCAAUGUAUUCAUCAUGUGAACUGUCAAGAAGUAGUUCAGGGGUUGAGGAAACAACUGCUAAUGGCAUGGCCCUGGCACAUGAGGAUCUUGGAUACCAACUCUAUGAUGUUUCAGGUGAAGGCAGUUCACUUAUUUCCCCAGAAGACCUGAAAGAAUGUUUGAAGAAACAACUAGAGUUCUGUUUUUCACGUGAGAAUCUUUCCAAGGACCUUUACUUGAUGUCUCAAAUGGACAGUGAUCAGUUUAUUCCAAUAUGGACAAUCGCCAACAUGGAAGGCAUUAAGAAACUGACAACCAAUAUGGAUCUUAUUGUGGAAGUACUGAGAUCUUCUCCUAUAGUCCAAGUGGAUGAGAAAGGAGAAAAGGUUAGGCCAAACCACAAACGAUGUAUUAUUAUUCUUCGUGAGAUCCCUGAAACAACACCAGUGGAGGAAGUGAAGGCAUUGUUUAAAAAUGAAAGCUGCCCCAAAGUGAUAAGUUGUGAAUUUGCUCACAAUAACAACUGGUACAUUACAUUCCAGUCAGAUACUGAUGCACAGCAGGCAUUUAAAUACUUGCGGGAAGAAGUUAAAACUUUUCAGGGCAAGCCAAUAAUGGCCAGGAUAAAAGCCAUCAAUACAUUUUUUGCAAAGAAUGGUUACCGGGUGGUGGAUUCCAGUGUUUAUGUUCAGCCAGUUCAAACACAAGCACAGUUUGCCUCACCACUAUUUAUGCAGCCUGUAUAUAGUCCUCAGCAGUACUCCAUCUACAGUAUUGUGCCUCAGACAUGGUCUCCAAACCCUGCACCUUAUUUUGAAACACCACUGGCUCCAUUUCCCAAUGGUGGAUUUGUUAAUGGCUUCAGCUCUCCAGGCUCAUACAAGACAAAUGCUGCUGCAUUGAGUAUAAAUCGCCCAUUCCAUAGAAACCGUAUGAAGCCUCACUUUCGACUGCCGAGCAACUCUGAACACUCAGUGGAAAUAACAUCUGCUGUCAACACUGUGUCAGUAGGAGAUGGACAUUUGCACAGAGCUAACUCAAGGAAUUUUCAGACAGAUCGGCAAGUUACUACAUUAUCAGGAAAUCAAGAACAAAGCUAUUCACUGAAGGAUUCUUCUGUCACUCAGAUAGAACAGAAUGGUGAUUAUGGCAUGGGCAGAGGGAGGAGGAACAUUUUCAGAGGAAGAAGGAGAAGAGAAGAUGACAGACUUUCACGACCUCAGCCUUCAGUUGAAGCCAAGACUUUGACACCAAAGUUUGACUUACUUGCCUCGAAUUUCCCUCCCUUGCCUGGAAGUAUGAUAAAAACACAAGGAGACCCAGUCCUGGAGAACAGAAUGUCAGACAUUGUUAAAGGAAUAAGCAAAGAAAAGGAAAACAAAGAGUUGGCAGUCAGUUCUUUAACAUCUACUCAGGAAGAACAUGGGCAAAGCACUGUUCAGCCUGUUAUGAGUGCCAGUUCUCCCUGUGAGAUUGAUACUCCUGGAUUAAGUGCCACUCAACUGGACAAGAAGCUCGAAGAGGUCCAGGUACAGAAAGAAGCUGCAAGCCAGACUUCCCCACCUUCCUCUGUAUGUCCCCUCAGUACUGUAAAAUCACCUAGAACAAAUGUCACUUCCUCCACAACUGGUGCAAACACAAUGCCUACUUUGACAGUACAGGAACCCAGGAAACUCAGUUAUGCUGAAGUCUGCCAGAAACCCCCAAAAGAAACGGCUCCAGUUCCAGUUCAGCCACUUAGGGAGCUGCGUACCAACGUAACUUCACCUGCCAAAACAGAAGAAAAUGGCACCCAUGAGAAAACUGGAGAGAAGACACAUCAUGAGAAACCUGAAGGGCGGGUGAAGGACUUUGCUGCCUUCAGAGGCAGUGGGCCUCCUAAGGGGGGAUCUGCAAAAAAUCAGGGAACAGAGGCGCCAGUGUGGACGCAGGCCUUCUCCUCAGGGAGCGCCUCGGCGUGUUGGCAAGGAACAGUAUGUGCCACCCCGAUCACCAAAGGAAAACUGAUCAUUUUUUUUAUUUAAUCAUAACUAUGGACUAAAGAACAGUAGAGGAAAAACUGGCCAGCUGAGAUAAAUGUAAUAAAAGUGGGAAAGUGGGCCCAGAAACUGAAGAGCACAGGGUUUGCAGUGUGAGGGAGAGAUUGGAGGGGUCCCAAUAUUCAUCUCGGAGUGAUAUAAAAUGCUGGAGGAAUUGAAUCAAUAUAAAUAUGAUAAAGGUUAUAAUUUUUGUAAUUUUUUUGUUUUUAAUUUGCAGCAGGUUUCCUGCUCAAACUAGAUUAUUGUGUUAUGAAUUAGCUUGAAUGUGGGGAACAAAUACACACGUUAGCUUGUUCCUCAUAUGACAAUGGGGCAAAAUAUUUUUUUUGGAAAAAAAUUCUGUAAAAAUUAUAAAUUACUUUUUUAAAAUCUAUUUAAUGUAUGGCCUGUAAGAUGAUGUGUAUGCCAUUAAUGGCCUUGCAUUACAAAUCAGCCCCAAACUGACAUGCUUGGUCUGUAUGAAUGAGUGUAGCCACAUACUUGUUAUGUCAUGAUUUAGUCACUGAUGAUAACUGAAUGUACUACUGUAGUAUUUUGUGUUUUGGAGAUUUAGUCUGUGACCUUACUAAUUUUGGUCAGCUUUUUAAAACUAUAUGAUUUUACUUUGGAGUAUACAAACAGCAGGAUUAGUAAGAAAGAACUAGUGGGCAAGGUUUUAAUUUGUUCUAGCAUUUUUUCCUAGUUGUUUUAUUUCCUCCCCACUGCUUUAGUAUUUUCUCUAAUCUUUAUUACAGAAUUAUGCACAUCUAGCUGGAAUGAAUGUUCCAGCAGUGAUCCAAGAGAAAUGCAGGAAGAAUGAAAACUGUUUCGUAAAUAUUCUCUUGGCAUCAUAUUCAAUUAACAAAGGCUGUUUGUUGCAUAUGCUGAAUACUGUAAAAAUCAUACUGAUUCCACCUGAGGUCUGAUUUUGCUCCAAUACACGAAUUGGCCUCUAUAGAGUGAGUUGCACUGAUAUAUUGAAAAAAUUCUAUUCAUAAGCACUUCUUUCUAUAAUAAAAAUCAGGUUUUCUUUAGUAGGGAGACUUGGAGAAAAACCCCAUUUGGUGAAUAUGCUCCCAAAACUAUUAGAGUUAUUAGCCAUGGAAUUUUUAAGAUUAAAUGGGAGAGUAUUGGAGAAGCCUUUAGCAUACCUUUAUGGCUGGUAACCAUAGAAAAUAAGAAAAGAAAUAGGAAAGUUACAACAUGCUAAUUUGCCAAAACCUGCAUGCUGCAAUUGAAGGUUCUGUAUAAAGUUUAUAGGAACAUAUAUAGCAGCAAAGAAAUGUACCUGUUUCUUUAGUUAAUACUGAACAUACAAAUUUAAAUUCAUUAGUUGUGAACACUGGAAAAUUCAGUUGCGAGAUACCACCACACAUCAUACUUUGUAUAUGCUAGUGAUAACUUUAAGAUGUCAGUGGCAGAUAAACAAUUAACUGUGAAAAUGUUCAUCUUCUGAUUUUUCUUAGCCAGUUAACCCUUGGCAGUUUCUUAUUCAGUAGGCAUUCUCUAUCAAUGGCUUUGAGAACACUCAUAUCUAUUUUUAUAAGUAUACAUAUAUAUAUAGAUAUAUAUAUAUAUAAAUCAGAUUUGUCAUUUCUCUAACUUAUUAUUCAGCUUGGCAAUCACCCUUUUUGAUUUGAUUGAUAAGUGUAUAUGUACUUAAGCAGUUGAUAUUCAUUUUCUACGAAUGUUAUUAAUCAUUACUCAUUUUAAACUGUCUGUCCUGGGUUUGACAGUCUCUAAAUUUACACAAAUAAUUGAUCAUGUCUGGAAACACAUACAACCCCACUUUGAUUUACUCAUGUUAUUUUUGAUGGACAUAAUUCACAAAUGGUGAAAAUAUUUGAAAUGUUAAGGACUCUGCAAAAUUUAUGAAAAACUACUUCAAAAACUUUUUAAAAAUCUCUACUGCACUUAGAAUAGAAAAACGUUGAACUGCUACAGUUAUACUGAGAAGUGCACCAUGUCAUUGCAAACUCAACAUGUAUUUCAAUUCUUAAUACCUGUUCUGAAAAAAAUUAGGUUGUUAGUGAAAAUAUGUAGGGUUCUUUUUGAGGGAAAGCUAGUGAAUAUAAGUUGGCAAUCAGUAUAGGAAAUCUGACCCUGUGGAUUUGUCCAUAUUUGAAUGGAAUCUAGUAUUCAGAAGGAGAUGAAUAUUAAAUAUAAUUCUUUGCUUUAUUGGAUUCUGAAACAAGUAUGGCUCACAACUGUGAGAUUUAAAAACUUGACAAUUGGAAGGGAUGUUAUUAUGCAUCCUGUGUGUAUGUGUGUAUGUGUGUGCGUGCACGCUUCCCACAGUGGGUAUAUGGCUCUUGUGCAAUGUGUGUGUAAGUGUGUGAACAGCUUUUUCCUAUGUAAAAAUUACUAGCUUGGAGGGACUCACUAUAACCUAAGUAUUUGAUAACUUUCUCUUCAACUAACAUAGCAUCCUCUUCUGCCCUUCAUUUGCUACAUAGAUGUCUGAUAGGUUUAGAGGGAAAAACAAUACAGUUACUAAAAAGAGGGAGAGCAAUGCUGUAUGCUCUUACAUCUGCAUUUUUCAUGUUAACUUCUGUGUUUAUUGCAUGGUUAAAUACAUAUCUGGGCUGGUUAUUGCUCUUGUUCAUUCACAGGCAGUGUCUUGGAUUUCCAUCAAUCAGUCUUCCCAUAUUAUUGAAAAUGAGAGAAUACAUUCAGAAUUUAAUCCACUUUUAGGACAGUUUUGUUUGACUGUAAGAACAUGCAGUGUGGUAGUGCUUGGGGUUUUUUGUGUGUAUUAUUUGCAUUCAAACAUAAACAAAUAAGUUAUUGUUCCUACAGUUGAUGGCGAGUCUGUGGACUAGAAACAGCAUUGGGUGAAUGUAAAAAUACACCAGUAUAGCCUGUACUGGUAAACAUAACCAAAAUGAGCAUUUUCAUUAUGUAAAUAUUGGUUCAGCUGAUCCUUAAAACUAUCGAAACUGUCUGUCAACCAAGGGAACUUUCACUUUUUUCCUAAACUGGUCAUCAUUGGAUGUACAUGCCUCUUAUUCUUGAAAAUUUUGCUAAAGAACAAGAUGACAAAUACCACAAGAUGGUUGUUUCUUUUAUAUCCAGAGCUGUUGUUGGCUGGUGAAUUUAAGAGAGUGUUUCCUUAAUACCUGGAAUCUUGGUCUCCCCCUCUUCCUUGUUCUCAGUAUUAAGGAGUAAUUUUCCACCAUUAUACUACUUUUUUCUGAAAAAGAGAAAGGAGGAAAUUCCUAAUUUGCAUGGGACUUGCAUCCCUGCCUGCUUUCCUUCUUAUCUUUUUUAAAGUUAGCUUGGCAGAGGGAUGUGGUUUUAGCAGUAAGCUAAAAAAAUCCACAUUACUGAACAGAAGAAAACUAAGAUGGAACAGGCUGAUAAGUAGCAAUUAAGUGACUUAAGCAACGCUUUACUGUAGUUUAAAUAGCUAUGGCCUUACUACUUCAUCAACAUCAGCUAAAUGUCUGAAUAUAUCCACUCUUUUUACUGUUACUCAUGUGAAUAUUCACAAGUGGAAAAGAUACCUGCUACGUGUGUACAGAUUAUUUUAAAUUUGUAAAAUGCAGCAUUGUAUACAGACAAAAUGCAACAGAAAUGCACUUGGGGAUGGGGAUUGCUUAAACUUUUGUAAAUUGUUGAUUACAACAGAUAUGCAAUAGUUUUCUUUUAAUUUUUGAUAAUUACUUCUGAAACAUGAGAUUGUUACCAUCAAUCUUUAAUGAUCUAUCAUGCUCUUAUGUGUGAGUGAGAGAGAGACUGAGACCAGAGUAAGUGUAGGUAUUAUGUAGUGUGGGUUUCCUUUAGGAUGAUACAUUUGAUUUCCAUUCUGUCCCUUUUUUUCUUUGAAUGAAGGUUGUUUGAGUCUUGAGCCCUGGACCCUGGAAGAGAUCCAUCCGAUUGAGUGUAAUAUUAAUUUAGGAAAAUUGAAAUGGGAGCUGUUCAGUCUUCAGACUAACCUGUAAUAACGUUGACCAAUUUAUGUGUAAUAGCUAGAGGUUUUUUAAAGGAUUCAGUCAUGGAUAAAAUUCCCUGCAAAAUACUUCAAAAGAAAAGCGUUUAGUGAGCAAACAGCAUCUGUUUUAAUAUUCAGCUAAUGUCUCUUCCCAGAAUAAUUUGAUUCACCUGACAUUUAUAAUCACACUUUUCAAAGUUACAGGGCUCCAGUGAAAUAAUUCAUAUAAAUACUGUCUUGCUUCUCUAAUUUGUAAGUUUGUUUUAUUUCUGUCAUCACAGCUGUCUAAAAUAACAAAAUUGUGUAAAGUAGAUUCAUGCUUAACUGUUCAAAUUAUACAUGUAAUUUGUAUUUGUUUUUGACAUUGCCAAGGUGCUAUGGGAAAUGGAAAUAACAAUUAGAAGGAAACAAUAAAAGCCACCUUAAAAAUA